AGCACCUUCACUGUUAGAAGUGACGUGAGAGUAGUAGGUCGUGUUUUCGAACGUCCCCGCCGUGGUUUUUUGUGGAGUAUAGCACUCUACCUUUUUCCUUGUUUUAAGUCCAAUUUCUUAACCAUUUGUACGCACGGUACCACGGUAGUGAAUCAAGCAACCAGAUUAAAACAUUGGAAAUAUCCACCACGUUGGUUGAGUCCUCAUUUCCAGUGCACACUUCCAGCCGCAGUUCAGCAUACGUAUCUGCUCACCUGUAGCAGUGCCUGACACGGGAAAUUUCAUGGAGUCGCGGUUUCGCCGUUUUCCUGAAUUUUGAUAAUCGAGAAAAGUGUUUGUUUUUGCUAGCGGCUUCCAAAGGAAGUUGCCUUCCCGUCAGUGUUUUGAGUUACCGUUUUUCUCCGGUGUGAAAAUUGAUCCUGCCCGAGAAAAAAUCGUAACAGUCAGUGGUAUUUAGGAAAGAGCGUCAACGUCUAAAUCUAAUAUUUUUUGAUUCGGUAAUAGCAAAACAAAUUGAUUGCCUCAUUUAACUGCACCGGCAGUGUCUGUCUGUGUGGAAAGCAGACGGCAAUAAUAAUAAAAAAAUCUGAAUAUAGUGUGGUUGCCCCAGGCAAAAGAUAUACGAGCACAAGUGUUGUCUGUAGUAAAAGAGUGCAGUAAAUAGAGUGAAAGGCGAAAGAAGAAAAUCUGCUAUCAGCGAAGUAGCAACAAAGCCAAAGUGAAAUCCGUCUGUGACAGGUUUUGUGGCAAUCACAACCUAGAGGGAUUUCUUGUUUUCCAUCGCAGCUUCACGGUUGCAUAGAAAGCGUCAAUUUUGAAAUCCUUUCUCGAGCACAAACCACUACCGCCAACGUUGAUUACUAGUCGAAAAUCAAGAUUGUGACAGAUAAACUAUGUCGAGUCAACAGAAACACAGAAUUCAGGUUCCCGACGGAUUACGUGAUGUGCUGCUCGAGUUCUCGAUAGCGUAUCUACUGGAACAGCCCGGCGAUGUGAUCGACUACGCGGUGGAGUUUUUCUCCAAACUGCAGGAAAACCGAAAGACCACCAUGAUCUCCGCGGGCGACCCCUCCUCACCGGACGAGAGCAUAAUGUCACACGAAGAAGAACCUCUAGUAAAUCGCUAUGCCUCACGCAGAAAAUCGGUUUUCGCGGAGACAUACGAUCCAGAGAAUGACGACGAUGACGACGGUGCAAGGGCGAUAUUCCCCAAGACAGACGAGCAGAGAGCGCGGCUGUGCGAUUCGGUCAAAAAUAUCCUGCUCUUCAGAUCACUGGACAAAGAACAGAUGAACGAAGUACUCGACGCUAUGUUCGAGAAGAUAGUCAAAGCAAAAGAUUAUAUUAUCAAACAAGGAGAUGAUGGAGAUAACUUUUACGUCAUUGAAUCGGGCAUUUACAAGGCGUACGUGGGUGAAGAUCAAAAGCACAUACAUACGUACCAGAACAGUGGUAGUUUUGGAGAGUUAGCUCUGUUGUACAACAUGCCAAGAGCUGCUACUAUACAAGCUGAAACGGAAGGGCAACUGUGGGCUAUGGAUCGGCAGACGUUCCGAAGAAUCCUGCUCAAGUCCGCCUUCAGGAAACGGAAAAUGUAUGAGUCACUGUUGGAUGCGGUUCCUAUGCUGAAGACGUUGCAGAACUACGAACGCAUGAACCUGGCCGAUGCUCUUAUACCGAAAACAUACUCAAAGGGCGAAAGAAUCAUCAAGCAAGGUGAUGUCGCCGACGGCAUGUACUUCAUCGAGGAUGGCAAAGUUUCGAUUCGUAUUCAGCAGGACGCCGGCGAGGUUGAAAUUUCGAACCUAGAGAAAGGACAGUACUUUGGAGAGUUGGCCCUGGUGACCCACCGACCCCGUGCUGCUUCGGCUUAUGCCGCGGACAACGUUAAAGUGGCAUUUUUGGAUGUGGACGCUUUUGAACGGCUGCUCGGCCCAUGUAUGGACCUUAUGAAGCGUAACAUCGGGGAUUACGAGUCGCAGCUGGUGAAAAUCUUCGGCAGCAAAAACAACAUAUCUGACAUCCGAUAAGCGGUGUCACACAAAACUUCCCAAGUAGUAGUAGUAGAAGCAACUGGUACUACCCGUACUAUUAGAAAUCGCCCAACACAAACGUACACUACAGAAUAGUACCAGGUAGUACAAUUUAGUAGCAGUAACUGCCGUUAGCCGGAAUGUAUUUUAUCUCUGACUAGAAUCCAGUCGCGGGUGCUGGCUUUUGAGUUUGACAUCCGAAUACCAUCGAAGAGCAACAGCAGCAUAGCUCAAAGGUCCCUAACCCGGUAGGGUCUGGAUAAUCAAAGCCAGAGCGAUUAUACAGUUCGGCUACGGCAGAGCACCUCUCGUAAACGGACCGUCGCCGGAAGUGAAUUGAGUAAUGUUAGUAAAUUUUAAUAUCGACGCAGCAGGUUGCCAUCAUUUUUUUGCGAGAAAUUUGUAGUGAACUACUAGAUUAGAGAAGGGAUAGACAAUUGCGAAUUCGAGCGAAAGAGAUAUUUUAUUAUUGCCUGAGUGAGGUGACAUUUCACUGAAACACUCUCACAGGAAGGAAGAGGGCGAAUUUUGAACUUACCACCGUCGCCACCAGCAUUAGUUUUCGAUCAAAUAUGCCAGACAACUGAUGAAUCAAGAUUAAAUUACUAGAUAUUAUAUAACAAGCAAACAUGCGGAGAAAGCUUUCAUUUUUUUUUAGUUCUAGCUGUUUCCUAGAAUGGAGUCAUUGCCAAAUAUAUGGAAAAUUUUGAGAUAAAAACAAAACUAAAUGUGUUAUAGCAGUAAACAAUUGAAAACCACACAAAAAAAACCGUAACAUCAAAAAUAUUGAUAACAAAAACAGCAGAUGAUUGUAACUUGAUGGUAAUAAUCAAUAAAAAAAAAGUAAGUGGAAUUUUUUGAUCAAAUAUUCAUAAAUCAAGCAAAUUACAACAAAAGCAAAAUGUUCUAGUAAAAAUAAUGAUAAAAAAAAGAAAUUUAUUACAUAAGAUGAUCAAUGCUGAAAACAUGAAAAGAAAGUAAUAAGCAAGAUUUUAAAUUAUUUCUGUUAUUUAUUUGAAUCUAAGAAGAAAAAAAACAAUAAAAAAACACAAAAAAAGCAGUUUAACUAGCAGCAAAAUGGUAGAAUUAAGGGUACUUUAAACAGUGUUUAAUAUGAAAGUAAUACAUUAUAUCACCCUAUAAGAUAAAUUAAUAAGAAAAAAAAUCUUCAGCAGAGAUUUAAUUUAAGGAAAUUUAAGCAGAAAUAUAUUUAAAACCUAGAUAUAAAAAAAAGAGACAAAUAUACUUUUUGGUAGAGCCAUUAAGAUGACACCGCGAGGAAUGAAACUGAUAAAUGAUAAGACUUGACGCUGCUUCAAAAUAUAGGGGAAACGAAAUUAGAACAAAAGUAUCAAGUAUACACAAAGCUAGAAUCUUCAAAUGGUUAGACAAUUAAUCAAUGUAGCGAGCGAAACUGCAGAAUGAAGCGAUAGCUUUUCCAAUCUUCAAACAAGAGAAGAAGAAAAAAACACGGUAGCACACGUAAGCGCGCGUUACCGAAAUGAAUCAUAGAAAGGUGUCAUAUCGAAGGUGGAGAGCAACUCAAUGCAGUUUUAUACAUGUAAGCAUACUUAUAACUCCGCGCAAAGAAGUCAUCCGGAAUCGUCCGAUGGCAUCAGACACAAUUAUACAAAGACAAAAACAAACGCGAAAUAGAUCGUAUCAAUGUUCCUGAGAGAGAGAUCGGCUGAAGAGCAGACAUCUUCCAGAGGCAGUAGUUUUCCAACGGUCAAUUCGGUGAUUUUCGGCAGCUAGUGAUAAACAAAUUAUUAUGAUUUCGUUACUUUUCCAAGUAAGCUCAAAUGCGCACUGCAACUGCAAAGUAGAUUUUUGUUUGUUAAGUUAAAAAAAAUUAAAUUCCAAAGUUCAAGGUAAAACGCACAGCCUGCCGGACUAAGAACGGUUUCAACUGAGUUAAGGCAAACUAGUGUAGUACUAGAAUGAAAAACAAUACAAACCACUCGGUAAUACUUCACCAUUGGCAUUGGAAGAACGAAAUAUAUUUUUUUUUUCAAGUAUCAAUUUGCGGUUGGAUUGGAUUUCAGUUUGCUAUACUAUCAGCACUGCGUUGUUACUCACAGACCCCAAUCGGUAUUCGAUGCAGCACAACAACUUACCUCUCUCUCUCUUCCAGCGCCUUCUCUCAAAGGCUUAUCCAUCCAUAAACAAUCAAACGCUCUUAAUCUCUCAAUGCGAAUUCUAGCAGGAGAGAAAAAAAUCUAAAGCUAAAUGUUACGUUAGGAGAAAAAAGGUAGCGUAGACGCGUUAUUGAAAAUCUUUACAUGUGAACCAACUAACCAAGACACAAACUCUUUCGGACAUAUUUCACUGCAAAUUGUAGACUUUUCAUACUUUUGGAGAGAUAUAUAACAUGAGCUUACACACGUGUGUUUUUACCCUUGUAAGACAAUAUAUACAACAACAAAACCUAGCAGAACGAUCUAUUACUACCAUCAAAAACUACACCCACACACACUCACCCACACAUACUUUAUCCUCAACAACACACAAACGCACCAUCAUCGCUAUAGUGACCUACUUCAAGCUUUUCUCCGAUCAACAGUCUAGAAGUAGCGAACGGCGGUUCUGCACAAAAGAAAACACUUGUUACUUAUUUCGGGAACAGCACGCCAUUUCUUUCGAUAAGAGCUUAUAAUUAGUUCUUAAGUUAUUGAAGGGUUGAUUGCAGUUACAAUACUACCCAAACUAUGGUAGAGAAUAUAUUUUUGCGUAGAAAAUGCUGGACAUUUUCGUUUUUUUAAAGUAAUCAGCUAUUUUGACUGACUUGAAGCAGGAGAACGAAGUCAUAGUCGUUCAAAAUGAGAACCGAAUGACGACAGAAGAGAAAGAAAACACAAUUGCCCAGUAAAGCACUAGACAACAUCAAUAAUUAUGUAAACUUAGCAGCACUUAUUGCUUUACUAUUCUACUUUUAUUAAAUGAAGAACAAAAAACGAUGUAAUCAUUAACGUUGAGUUUGAUACCGAUGUUUUGUGUCGAUCAUUUAAAUAGUUUGCCUACAUUGCCACGGAAAAAAAUAUCUAUGUUUAACGUAAAUAUGAAUAUCAAUAUCCUAACGUGAAAUAAUAUUACACAACAUACACGUUUUACUUUCCCCAACUUCAAACGUAUUAGCAUUGCGUAACCGUAAAUGGUUGUUUUCACUAUUCAUAUCUAAACUCUUCGUUUGUCUAUUGAAAUUUCAUUGCUAGCAAGAUAGUGCAUUACUUAGUAGACUUUUAAGCUAUUGAAUGAUUACAAAUGAUUAUACACAAACAUACACACACAUGCAAGCGCAAACUUUAAUCAAGCCUGGAACACCGAGCAAAACUUGCGUAUAUACACAACUACACAACAUUGAUGAUCAACAAAAAUAAAACAACAUUAAGAUGGCGAAAAACUACAAACACACAAAAAGCAUACUGUUACUGUCUCGUUAUUGAAAGGUGUCGUAUUAAGGUAGUAAACCAGAAGAAUGAAAUUACAUAUGGAAAACCACUUAAA